CUUUGAGACCUUAAAUGUAGAAUUUGACCACAUUAUGGACACCGACUACAUCGGCUGACUCCGUGUGUUUUGAGGACAAAGUGAAGGUAUAAAGGGUUAAACGCUGAGCUCCGGUCGGGCUCCGCGGGCAGCGCUGGCUGCCUCCGAUAUUCCGGCUCGCUGUGGAUUCUGGGAGUCGGUGGGGGACACUGCCCAGGCUGGUUACCGGGAGAACUGGGAGCGGAUUUGUUUUUACCCCGCUACCUUGCUUUAGCCCAACGCCGGUGGCACUUGGAGCGCCAUGUCAAGCAGAGGAGGAAAGAAAAAGACGACCAAGACGUCCCGGUCCACCAAGGCCGGCGUCAUCUUCCCUGUGGGGCGCAUGCUGCGCUACAUCAAGAGGGGGCUGCCGAAAUAUCGCAUCGGUGUGGGAGCGCCGGUCUACCUGGCCGCCGUCCUUGAGUACCUGACCGCUGAGAUCUUGGAGCUGGCUGGCAAUGCAGCGAGAGACAACAAAAAGGGCAGAGUGACGCCGCGGCACAUCCUGCUGGCCAUCGCCAACGACGAGGAGCUCAACCAGCUGCUGAAAGGCGUGACCAUCGCAGCAGGUGGAGUUUUGCCCAACAUCCACCCGGAGCUGCUGGCUAAGAAGCGAGGCGCCAAGGGGAAGCUGGAGACGCCGGUGUCGCCGGCGCCGGAGAAGAAACCCAAGACAGUGAAGAAGACUGCAGCGAAGAAACUGGGUGGGAAAAAGGCUGGAGGGAAAACCAAGAGAGGCGAGGUGAGCAAGUCGGCGUCGGCAGACAGCACGACGGAGGGAUCUCUGGCCGACAGCUUCACCGUGCUCUCCACCAAGAGUCUCUUCCUGGGUCAAAAGUUGCAAGUUGUCCAAGCCGACAUUUCCGCGGUGGAGAGCGACGCAGUCGUUCACCCGACCAACUCGACCCUGUAUUCAGGUGGUGAAGUAGGAUCCGCUCUGGAGAAGAAAGGAGGGAAGGAGUUCACCGAGGCGCUGCAGGAGCUGAAGAAGAAGAACGGCCCCCUGGAGGUGGCUGGAGCCCUUCUGACCGGCGGAUUCGGUCUGCCUGCCAAGUACGUGAUCCACUGCAACAGUCCAGGCUGGGGCUCUGAGAAAUGCGAGGAGAUGCUGGAGAAGACGGUGAAGAACUGCCUGGCGCUGGCAGACGAGAAGAAACUCAAGUCUGUGGCCUUCCCCUCCAUCGGCAGCGGACGGAACGGUUUCCCCAAGCAGACGGCGGCCCAGCUGAUCCUCAAGGCCAUCUCCAGCUACUUCGUGGCCACCAUGUCUUCCACCAUCAAGACGGUCUACUUCGUUCUGUUCGACAGCGAGAGCAUCGGCAUCUACGUCCAGGAAAUGGCCAAACUGGAAACCAGUUAGAGGACUGGCCGCUCGCUCUGCUCGUCCCUCUGCUUUCUGUUUUCUGUUGGAGAGAGGAAGACGUGUGCUGGAGUUAGGAAUGAAGAAAAUCACAAGAAGAAGAAGAAGAAGUGUAAAGGCCGGGAACUUGGUUUUUGCAUCAUGUUUGUAUGUUUACUCUAUAGUUUUAUUCCUUAUUUACUCGUCACCUCUGGUGUUUAACUGUAGAUGUGCGCUUUUUUUUUCUAAGAUCUUUUUACUCAAACAGUGCAGCACAAUACGAAACCAACAAUUCCCAUUUAGUUUUCAGAAUAUAUAUAUAUAAAUCCAGUAAAAUCUGAGCGGUGCUGCGCAGUGCGGGCGGUUUGGACGAUACGGGUCGGUGCAUGUGAGGCGGUAAAAACGGCUCUUCCUGUUGAGCUCGGUUCACUUUAACUGUGUCGUAGUUUUGGGUUUGGAGCGUCUGUCAUACUGUAAAAAGAAAACGGUAAAGAUUUGUUCCGUCUUUAGGAGACUCCAGUAUCGUGAUCUAGAACCAGUUCUUGUGUUGUGUGUUGCUAAUUUCACUUUUCUUGCCUUUUGUUUAGACAGGCAAAGUAUUUUCUCUGUGCACUGCAAAAACGUAGAAAAGUUGUUCCAAGCAGCGUAAAUUCAUCCGUUUCUGGCUGAAAACUGGAGGUUUUUGCAGAACGCCUUUUGUUUCUCUUCGUGGUCCUAUAAGUGUUCAUAUAGAUAGGAGUGUUUGUGAAGCAUUAUGGACAAAUAUUAAACUGUAACAGAAUUUUAUUUGUUUUAAUUUCCCGUGAUUAUAAAAUGGCACAAAGAGUUGGAAGAAAAAAAGUCGUGUAAGAUUGUUUUGUGUGUGUGUUCCUCUUUUUGUUUGUUUUUGUUAAGCCACAAAAGAUAUUACUGCUGGAACCGGAGGCUGCUGCUGUUGGCGCGGCCGCCGCCAGGGGGCGCUCUGUCACCAGACAUGGGCCGGUCCGGUCAGCCAUGUUUGUUUGCCUCAGCAGCGCAGAUGGAUCAGAUUUGAGCGGAUUGGGGAGCGAAGGACAUCAGACAUGCAGGUCUGCAUUUGGACUUUUCAGCAGCUCGACUUUCUUAUGAGAAAAUAAAAUUGUUAAACGCUUUCUAAAGAAUUGCUACAGUCUGAUUAUACAAAAAGAUUUAAAAAGGUCUGUAUUCACUCCAGUAAUAAAAAUCCUUUAAAAACGUCA